UGUAACUACUUUGUGAAAGAAAAGGUUUGUGAGGUUUUAUAAUACAGCGCUUGAGUUUUCUAAAUGAUUAAAACUCAGCAAGUACACUGAAGCUUGUAACUUAAAUUAAUUCCCUUUAGCUGUGCUCACUGGUAUCUGCUUAUGUCAUCCAUAAGGUUUGAGAUGUGUGUGCUCCAGUGAGAGAGCAUGCUCAGUGUUCGUGGGAAGGAAUGGCGUGGCUGCACCAACCUCCAGCAGGCUGCUUGCAGAUUGUUUGCAAGCCUGACAUUGUUUCUUGAAGACAUUCCUAGCUGAUACGGAAUGUGAUGUUCGCAAGAUUUACUCAAUCGGUUUCCACCCUAGCAAACAGAAGAAGGUUGCCUUGACUGAAUAAGUAUCAACAAGACUGAGAAGCUGGACAAGCCAGAGAGCUGUGAUAAUGUCAAGGUGGUUGUUCGAUGCCGGCCUCUUAAUGAACGAGAGAAAGCUACGGGCUACAAAAUGGCAGUCAACGUAGAUGAAAUGAGAGGAACUAUAACUGUUCAUAAAACAGACUCAUCCAAUGAGCCUCCCAAGACAUUUACAUUUGACACAGUGUUUGGACCAGAAAGUAAGCAGCUGGAUGUCUAUAAUUUAACUGCAAGACCUAUUAUUGACUCUGUCCUUGAAGGAUACAAUGGUACUAUUUUUGCAUAUGGACAGACUGGAACAGGCAAAACUUUCACCAUGGAAGGGGUCCGAGCGGUUCCUGAGCUUAGAGGCAUUAUUCCCAAUUCCUUUGCUCAUAUAUUUGGUCACAUUGCCAAGGCAGAGGGGGAUACAAGGUUUUUAGUUCGUGUGUCUUACCUGGAAAUUUACAAUGAAGAAGUGCGGGACCUGCUAGGAAAAGACCAGACGCAGAGACUGGAGGUUAAAGAGAGACCUGAUGUGGGAGUUUAUAUCAAAGACCUUUCCGCUUAUGUUGUAAACAAUGCAGAUGAUAUGGACAGAAUCAUGACUCUGGGCCACAAGAACCGUUCUGUUGGUGCCACAAACAUGAAUGAGCACAGCUCUCGUUCGCACGCCAUCUUCACUAUCACUAUUGAGUGCAGUGAGAAGGGGGUUGAUGGAAACAUGCACGUGCGCAUGGGCAAACUUCACCUUGUUGAUCUUGCUGGUUCUGAAAGACAGGCGAAAACAGGAGCCACGGGGCAGCGACUGAAGGAAGCUACGAAGAUCAACCUCUCUCUUUCCACACUGGGGAAUGUUAUCUCUGCGCUGGUGGAUGGCAAGAGUACUCAUGUGCCCUACCGUAACUCCAAACUUACACGGCUCCUUCAGGAUUCCCUGGGGGGCAACUCCAAAACCAUGAUGUGUGCAAACAUUGGUCCAGCAGACUACAACUACGACGAGACCAUCAGCACUCUCAGGUAUGCAAACCGAGCCAAGAACAUAAAGAACAAGGCCAGGAUUAAUGAAGAUCCCAAGGAUGCUUUGCUCCGCCAGUUUCAAAAAGAAAUUGAAGAGCUUAAGAAAAAACUGGAAGAAGGGGAAGAGAUCUCUGGUUCUGAGACCAGUGAUUCUGAAGAGGAGGAUGAAGAUGACGAUGGGGAGAUUGGAGAGGACGGGGAGAAGCGGAAGAAACGGCGGGGCAAAAAGAAAGUUUCUCCUGAUAAGAUGGUAGAGAUGCAAGCAAAGAUUGAAGAGGAGAGAAAAGCUCUUGAAACUAAGCUUGAUAUGGAAGAAGAAGAAAGAAAUAAAGCCAGAGCUGAACUGGAGAAAAGAGAAAAAGACUUGCUUAAAGCUCAACAAGAGCACCAGUCCCUGUUGGAAAAACUAUCGGCAUUGGAGAAGAAGGUGAUUGUGGGAGGAGUGGACUUGCUGGCAAAAGCAGAGGAGCAAGAGAAGCUUCUAGAAGAAUCGAAUAUGGAACUGGAAGAACGAAGGAAGAGAGCAGAACAGCUUCGCAAGGAGCUUGAGGAGAAGGAGCAAGAACGCUUGGACAUUGAGGAGAAGUACACCAGCCUCCAGGAAGAAGCACAAGGGAAAACCAAAAAGCUGAAGAAAGUUUGGACCAUGCUUAUGGCUGCAAAAUCAGAGAUGGCAGAUCUGCAACAAGAGCAUCAGAGAGAGAUCGAAGGAUUGCUAGAGAAUAUUCGGCAGCUCAGCAGGGAACUUCGUCUUCAGAUGCUUAUCAUAGACAACUUCAUUCCUCAGGACUACCAGGAAAUGAUUGAAAACUACGUUCACUGGAAUGAAGACAUAGGAGAAUGGCAGCUGAAAUGUGUUGCAUACACAGGAAACAAUAUGAGGAAACAGACGCCUGUCCUGGACAAAAAAGAAAAAGAUCCCUUUGAAGUGGACCUUUCCCAUGUUUACUUAGCUUACACUGAAGAAAGCUUGAGGCAAUCUCUGAUGAAGCUGGAGAGGCCGAGGACUUCAAAAGGAAGAUCCAGGCCCAAGACUGGUAGAAGAAAACGUUCGGCAAAGCCAGGAGCCGUCAUUGACUCUCUGCUGCAGUAGGUGUGACCUGUUCAGAAUUGCCGUAAAAAUCAGUGAGUGUAUAAGAUUUGGCCAGAAUAUGGAGUUCAAGAGAUGGCACGGUUUGACAUGGCUAUAAAAUCCAUACCUUGCUGGUAUGGAGCUUUAUUUUAAAGAAAUGUAUUUUUCCUUAGUUGCCUGUAUAUUGUAUGUUAUAUUAACAUAAUAUUAAACUGGUAUAUAUGAUGGUUGUGAAAUUCCAUGUGUUAAACGUGUUGUGCAGGGAAACUAUUGUUGGCAAUCCUUGUUGAAAUGUAUAGGAAAUAAGGGUUCUAGAUGUGUGUUUAAGUGCUAGGCAUGUUAGCUCAAAACGGUUGAUGAAAUCCUAAAAUUUAAGGCUGGUAAAUCUGAUUUAUGCCCUGCUUUGCACAUAACUGGCAGCUUUCACUAUUGUCCUCUGUUGCACUGAUCUGUGUUUGAAUGUGGUUGCUACAAACCUUUGAAUUAAGAGCAUCAAACCCUUUUAUUUAAAUACUCCUCACUGUGGCUAUUAACCUGAUCGUAUUGUGUAUCAAAUACACAGCCCUUUUCCCUUCGUUUGCUGUCUUGCUGUACAAAGAAAGUAGUUGGGUAGGGGAAUCGUGAACUACAAAAGUCUGAGACUUCUGGGAAGGGACCAUGCUCUGGUUAAGUGCAACAGAAAACAAGUGUGUCUAAGUAGUGCUUUUUAUUUUUGUGUCUCUGCGUGUGAUCUGCUGGCGUGGUGGAGAGCGAGGCCUUUGAUGCAAAGGCAAAAGAGAGCUUUUUUUUCCCCUCCUUUUAAGACUGUGUUGCAGCAUUGCUUUGGCUGCUUUUUAUGCUUUUCAGAUGGAAUUUUUUAAACAUAUGUGAAUUGUUUUGUAACCUGAACAACAGCAGAGACUAUUUAAGGGGAGUGCUGUAAUACCAGGGCUUGGCUGCAGCCUCGGGACUGGGAGCAUUCUGGCUCCAUUCUCUCAUCCCUGGCUAUGAGGGCACUGCACCAGCACUCUAACCUGCGGGUGAAUUUGAUUCCUAUAUUAGAACAGGCACGAAUCGCCCAAUUUUCCCAGAACAGUAACAUCCCCUGAAAUAACUGAUGCUGUUUGUCUUCCUGUGUAGAUUUUCUCGGGUUUCUGGCUAUGCUCUGAGAGGAAAACAAUUCCGGUGUCUGAUGAUAACCAUUUAUUUGUGGUGGCUGCUCUUUUUCUUUGAUAUUUAUGCUGCUAAUAGACACAUAUCACUUUAAUACAUUGCUUUUGUGUCAGAGCAAAUGCAUCUCCUUUGGAUUGUGCGUGCUUUAUAACUCGUGCUGGAGCACAUCAGCUGCAGGCAUCGUAACGGUUCCCAUGCCAGGGUGGUGGUAAUUAGCCGUAACUUCCCUGUGAUCUUAGUGUUACCUAGAGGUUUAAAAAGCUGUGAUUACUAGUAGGAGCAAGUGAGUCCUUAAGCAUGACAGCAAGAACAGGACAGCUCCUUAGGUGUCCCGAGUUCUUGCUAGUAGCCAUGUUUGCAAUUACCAGAAUGUUCUUGUGAAGUACUUAGAGUAGUUAAAGGUUGAUAUCCCUUUCUUACUGCCGUGAUGCUUAACUGGAUGUACCUUGUGACCCUGUAACAGGAUCUGUAAUAGUUAAAACUGGUCUUGUAAGGGCAUAUUUUGCUCUGGAGAUAUAUUCAGUGCUAUUCUAAAUGAGUUGUAAGCUUUCCCCUGUCUUUUUUAAAUGUGUUUUUCAGGAUCAUGAGCUAAAGUACAUAACGCCCUAUAUUUUGGGGGGGAGGGAGCAUCACCUAAGUUCAUACAAGAUACAGAUACAAACACUGACACUUGUUUUCUCUGGCCUAGCAUUUAAAGACAUAAAUACUGAGAAUUUUUGUCUGAUCAAAGCUGUAGUUGGGUUUGCCCUUGAAGAGCUGACGAUACUUUGAAUGUGUGUGGAUAGAGUUGGGUUAUCUCACGUUCAUGCUUCUUGUCAAACAGGACAGGCUGAAAUGGCUUAAAUGCUGCUUUGCCUUAGGCCUUAUGUCAGUUCAGUCCAAGCAGAGAUGCAUAAUUUUGGCCCGCACUAGUUCUCAGAACCAGGGAUAACUCCUGUAUUUCCCUUUGCGUUACGUCUUGCGCUAAGAUUUGCUGAGUGAUCUGUUUUUGAGGGGGCUUCUCCUGAACUGUGCUUUCUAAAAGACCAUUGAAAAUUCUUUUACCUGACAAACAUCAGUGGCUUAAAGAUACUACUGUGAACCAUGGCACUGCACUUAAAACAUUUAAAACUUACCUAUAAAGGCGUAUGCUUUACCAUUUAAUGUUACAGUCCUGCUGCUGAAAACAAUAGUACUCUGCAUAUUUAAGUGAGCCUUGGGGCAGAGAAAACAAUAAAUAAUAGCUUGCAGACCUUCAGUUGGCAGAUUACAGAAACUGGGUGUAACCCCCUUACAGGGGCUUGGAGAACAAAUUAUCUGCUCUUAGAGGAGGACUUUAAGUGGAAUGCUGUCAUGGUCAGCUUGCCUCUCCUUUUAACUGGUGUGUUUUGUUGAAGUUCUGGGAACUUUCUGUUAAAACCAGGGAGUCUGGCUUGCGGGUUUACCAUAUGGGCCCUCUCUGUAGCCCUGGACAAUCUGAAUGUCUCAUGGGUCCAUAACAUGUUUUAAUGAGGAAGGGUUUGGUUUGUGGGUUUUUUUUUAAGAGCUUAAAAUAGCCGUGCUCAUCCCAGGUCAGUACGUGCUCUGUAGUAUUUAUCAAAAGUCAUACUACCAUAAUAUAUAUAUAUUGUGUGUGCUCAUCUUUGCAUCUUGCUACCAGAAGGUUCCCCUCAUUCCAGAAUGGCAACUUUAACAUGAAGUUUUUGACGCUUUAUGUUGCUUAUGUUGUGUAAAUGAAUUAUUUCAUAUUUAACUUGUUCCUGAUCCUUUCUUUAAGAGGAGGGGAAGAUGGUCCUUAGUGCCUUUCACUGACUGACACCGUCUGCACAUGUCCAGCUUUCGCCUUUCUCAACAGUUCUGCUUAGCCAGUCCUGUAUGUAGGAGAAACUGCUACUCUGUUUGUAUAAUUUGUCUUCCUAUUUAUUGGUUUUCUAACUCUGUUUAUUUCUGAUUAUUCUUUGUUUUAUGAUUAAACUUUAUUCAUUAUACUGUAUAUAUCAGUAUUGUGUCUCUGGAGCAUGUUCAUGCCAUGAAAUAAAAUUCUUGAUUCCUAGUUCCA